CAGGUUUACCACCCACCUAGUGUACAUCAUACAACACAACCAUGACGGAGACACCAACCAACAACUACAAGAACAGACUCGUCUUCUUCGUCAAUGGCCAAAAGGUGGAGGUGAUCAACCCUGACCCUAGGCAGACAUUGUUGCAGUACUUGAGGAAAGAUCUUCGACUCACAGGCACCAAGCUGGCGUGUGGUGAAGGGGGGUGCGGGGCGUGCACCGUCAUGGUGGCCAGGUACAGCAGUGACACUGAUGACGUCACGUAUUUCCCGGUCAACGCCUGUCUGGCACCUGUGUGCAGCAUGCACGGCCUGGCUGUCACAACAGUCGAGGGCAUCGGCAGUGUGAGCACAGCUUUACACCCAGUACAGAGCGUGCUGGCAGAGCACCACGGGUCCCAGUGUGGCUUCUGUACCCCCGGGAUCGUCAUGUCCAUGUACACACUUCUACAGAGCGACCGGCAGCCGGCUAGCUCCGAAAUACAAGAGCACUUUGAUGGUAACUUAUGCAGGUGUACUGGGUACCGUCCCAUUUUACAAGCCUACAACACAUUUGCGGCAAAAGAAGAAUGUUCUGGGACCUGUGAAUUUUGCCCAAAGAAAGGAAUCUUCAACGACAUUGAAGAUCAUCCAUGUAAAAACUCAACGGCUGCUGGUGAAACACAAAAAAGUUUUCUCUCUCAAGACAAAAAGCAAUUGAUUAACAAGCUCGAUCAGGAGAAUCUGGAGUUUUGUUCACCAAGCACAAGAUGGUUUUCUCCAACCUCUCUGGGAGGUCUGCUGGAGAUCAGGAGAAAGUACAGAGACUGUAAACUGGUGAAUGGGAAUACGGAAGUUGAAAUUGAAGUUAAGUUCAAAAAGGCCAAUUACCAAACACUGGUGUCCGUCACUAGGAUCAAUCAAUUAAAGCAAGUAAUUAGAACAGAAUCAGGAAUUGAGAUUGGGGCGUCUCUACCUUUAAGUCAAGUGAAAAAAUGUUUUGAAGAAGACAUCCGGCAGCUCCCAGAGUAUAAAACAAGGGCGUUAACUGCUAUUGUAGAGAUGCUCAAAUGGUUUGCUGGGCACCAGAUAAGAUCAGUUGCAUGUUUGGCUGGUAAUAUCAUGACAGCUAGUCCCAUCUCAGACUUGAACCCACUCCUUCUGGCUUGUAGGGCCAUGUUAAAGUACCUGGACCUGGGUAAGUGGGAAUGGCUUGGGUAA